AUGCUGCUCAAUGAAUUGGAUGGAUAUGUAGAAGCACGAAAUGAUCUCCAAGACCAACUUAACAAAACAGAUUCUCGAACUACCAUGUUGUUACAAAUCGAUGAAUGGCAACGAGCUACACUUGAGAAAGUGAUACAAACAGCUGACCAAGCCCGUCAACAAGUGAAGAAAUUACUUAGUUCUGAUCGGGAGGAAAUCGAAAGGAGAUUCAGAGAGUUCUCAAGCAAGCUCAAUCAUCUAAAAGAAACAGAAGAUUUUGUCGAAGAUGAACUGACACAACUCAAAGAACUGGUGCAUAUAUUUAAACAAGAUUUAAAACAAUUGUCUGAAUCACCGUCGGUUGAACUGCACAUAGAGCAGAGUGAUCAAAUCUUCUGGAAUCGUCUUAUUUAUGUGAAAGAUCACUCUACUGCUACUAUUACUACUACUACUACUUGGAGCGAACAGGAUGAACAACAAGCAAUAGGUGAACUCAUUAAUAAUUUCAUUUGUACAAAUAAUUUACAUUUUUCAUAUGAACCAUAA